GAGAGCGCUUCCUACUGUGAGUGAGUGCACCAGCUCUUGUGUGUGUGUGUGAGCGUGUCUGCUCCUGCACAGGGUAUAUAAGGAAUAUGAGAGCACAGCCUGGUCCUGAGGUUCAGAUCAUCACCUGCUCUGCUGCUUCCACAAUGAUUUUUGGGGCAGGAUGUACGAGGACGGUUAUGUAGAUGUUCAACUGGUAGAAAGUGAAGAGUCUCAGCAAGAUGUCUGCGAAGCUCAGCCAACCAUAAAAUAUUUGUCCUACUCCACAGGGAAAUUUAAAAAUGGAGCAGUUGGACUCUGUAAUAUCGGUGUGACAAAUUGUCUAAACCCACUGCUACAGAUGCUGUAUAUGUACAAAGCAUUUACUGAUAUACUGUGCCGAGUUGGGAAACCAGAUGACAACGUACUCGCAGAGAAGAGGCUGCCUUAUGAACUAUUUGCCCUGUUUGAGGAAAUGCAAGAUAGUAAAGAAGAUGCUGUACCCCCAUACCGGGUGCUGCGCUGUCUCCAGAUGCUCAAAGUGAUGUCAUUUGUUCAGGUCGAUGUUGCAGAUGUCUUCACCUCCUUCUGGAAUCAUCUUCUCCAGAACAUUCCGGAUUCUGACCUGGAAGAAAAGCUGAGAUCGCUGUAUAAUAUCCCUCUGGAGGAACGUCUCACAUGCCAAAAAUGUCUUCACCAGCGCUCUUCCCACUGCGACCGUUUGAUCCUACCCCUCAGAGUUUCUCGCUCCAAAUAUCACAGAAAAUUGACUCUGGAGCGAAUGCUUUGGAGAUACUUCCGCUCCCAGGAGCUAUUUGAAGAUGAGAAUUUCUGCCCAACAUGUGGAAAAAACAGCAGAGCAAGUAAGGUCACCCACUUCCGUUCCCUGCCACGCACAUUAACCAUUCACCUGAAACGUCUCUGUAAAACGAGUUCCCAGUUAGAGAAGAUAAACAGAACAUUGUCCUUCCCUCCAGUUCUAGAUCUGCUUGAGGUCCUGAGCUCAGAACACUUUCCAGACAACGAGCAGAAAACGACCCACUAUAAGUAUCGCCUCUUCGCGGUUAUUGCACAUUCCGGUACGGCGACUUUCGGUCACUUUAGUUCAUACAUCAACAGCUGCAAGGACGGUAGAUGGUAUUUCUUCAAUGACUCCUGUGUAUGUAAGGUGUCCUGGGAUGAUGUGAAAUGUACAUAUGGAAACAUGGCCUUUAACUGGGGGACUACAGCCAGCUUGCUCAUCUAUGUCCAUUCAGAUGUGGAGCUGGACUCUGUGACAUCGGAUUCCAAGUCCCCGCUGUAAUGUGAAUUAUUUACUGUAUGAUCUAUGAAUGUAUGCCUGAUACACACGGACAUAGCACAUCAGCAGCUCAUUGCGCAGUCACAUGCUACGCAUCCCAUGUCAUAGGUGGCAUCUGAGAAACUAGAGUGCAUUCACUGCCGUACACAGCAAACAAGAUGGCACCUGCUGCACUGCAUUGUGCAUAGGUAUAUUUGCUACUGGUGUGAAUGCUACAUCACCAUUGAGCAGCCUGACAUCUUACAGGAAAACCUCAGACUUUUGUAUACAGCUUUGUUAGUGACUAGAGUAUAACAGUGUGCUGUAGAGUCUGGUUUUGCACAAUUCUUUGUGACUUUUGUUGUGUUCCAUGUUAUUUUACAGUGCAGUUACACUUAAUUGCCAUUUUUAUGGCAACACAUACUUGAAGAACCUAAACUGAUGUAUAAGGCAAUCUUAUCGAUUUUUUUAAAAAUAGGAAAUCAUCCAUAAUAUUCAGCAGAGGAAGAGCACGUGGCCAGGACCAGGGCUGGCUGAUUCUUGAGAUUCCUAAAUGCCAGUACCUGAUCUAUAAAUCCUAUAGAUGUAAGGACUGGCACGUUUAUUGAUAACUCAUUAGAGAGAUCCAUGUGAUCUAAUAUUAUAUUAUAUUAUAUUAUUAUUGUUGUUGUUAUUAUUAUAUGAUUGUUAUAAUAUUAGUAUUUCUAUGUUAUUCAGUGUUUAUAUUUCUUGUUCAAUAAAUAUACAAACAGAGACAUAACUUGAAGAUCCUGGGUCCCAGGAGCCUUCACCUACCAUGUACUUUCUAUAUGGUGCCUUCUUAUGUAGCAGAGGGAUAUUUGAGCCCCCUCAGGCUCCUGGGCCCUGCUACAGUAUUCCCUAUAGCAAUGCCCCUGUAUGCAAGAUCCAUUGUAAUUUCUUAAGGAUCAUUUUUUGCAGACAAGAUACAAACAGUAAUAAGACAACCGUAAGCAACGGCGCAGCAGCAUGGCCGGUGUCUGGUGCUACUGUAACAGCUGUGCGUCUGGCCCAUUGUCUACUGACGAUAUCAAUACAGCAUCUCAGCUGCAUUGCACCCAUUUUCAGACAGAUGGGAACCAUGCAGCCACCAUACUGCAUCAAACGUACCAUCACAUACAGCAGCCUUUACCUGUCAUACAUUGACAUCGCCAUUGAGUCAUGGAGUCACUAAGGGGCUAUAUAGACCGUUCUGUAGAUACAUGAGCCCCGGGCAGUGUCUGCGGCAGUGAGGAAGGGCGUUCCAGGGAAUAGGGAGAGCACGAGAGAAGAUCUAAAAGUGGAUGAAAGAGCAAGGUUCAUGUUAAAUAAUAAAAAAAAAGAAAGUCCAGUAUUUGUGAAGGAUUUAUAGGUGUGAACUGCCCCUGCUGUUGACUUAACAGUUCUCUUACUAUAGAUUUAAUUGGCAGGGGCAGGGAGAGCCAGCAGCUCAUGAAUAAGGCUGGGGCUGCACGGCGAUAUUGGGCGUGACAGGCGUCACAGUGCAGCCCCUGAAAUCAAUGGGGUCGCAGCCAACUUGCAUUUUGCCGUGACCCCAGAAUCAC